AUCUGGCCAGUCUGAAAGAGGAGAGUGAGUAGAGGAGCACCGUUUUAUCUCAUUUUUUUCUGCAGCCCAAGUGCAGAAAAUUUCUCCGUACAUCUUUUUCAACUCUGUUUCUCGCUUUCACCCACGCACCACAACCAAUUUUCUCUGUUCCAGCCACCUCAAUUUACGAAGGGAGACACAAAUAAGGAAAUAAGAUUGCAACGAAUUGAAAUUGAACCCAUUAACGCAACGAUGGAUAUCGACUUGCGUGAUAAGAGGAAUCGUUUUCAAGUGAAUCGAGUCGACUCUACGGUCAACUCCAAUGGUCACUCGCCUGUGCCAAGUCGUGUGGGUGGUGCUGCUGGAGAGGCGACUUUAGUUGGCUACACUCCUGCUGUUGAUGCAGAUGGAAAUGGAAGAUUGUCCCCAUCGGAUGGAAGUUGUGCUUCCCCAGCGAUGCUCAUUUCCCCGACGCAUCAUCGCCACUCUGUCGCUGACCAGGCCCACUUCACACUCAGUGGCAACUAUGACACGAAAUAUGCUAAAAGUUUUCGUCACUUUACGAGAGAAGCCCUCCCAUCACUUGACAACUAUCGAAACAUGAUGUCCAUUCAGGCUGCUUACCGUCCUACGUUGGAUGAGCUACAUGAUUUGACUUUGCAUGGAAAGGAUCAACCCCAAGAAGGAGCCACGAAGGGGGAUGCUCCUGAAUCCGCCGUAAAAUUCGGUUGGGUGAAAGGUGUGUUUGUACGGUGUUUGCUAAAUAUCUGGGGAGUCAUGCUUUUUCUUCGGCUGUCUUGGGUGACGGGCCAAGCUGGAAUCGUUCAAGCCUGGGUCAUUAUUGGACUAGCUUGUGCGGUCACAGGGGUCACUGGUCUUUCUAUGUCGGCCAUCAGCACAAAUGGGCAAAUUAAGGGAGGUGGCACAUACUACAUGAUUUCGCGAUCAUUGGGGCCCGAGUUUGGAGCUAGCAUCGGAUUUAUCUUUGCGGUGGCAAAUGCGGUCGCGGCUGCCAUGUACGUUGUUGGUUUCGCCGAGUCGAUGGUCGAUCUUCUUAAGAGCUUGGGAACAUACGUAGUCCUGGAUGACACAAACAGUGUGCGAAUCAUCGGAAGCGUGGCAAUCGUGGUGUUAACUUGUGUGGUGGUUGUUGGAAUGGAGUGGGAGGCUACAGCACAAGUUGGGUUGCUAAUCAUUCUGUUAGCAGCGAUGGUAGACUUUGUGAUAGGAAGCUUCAUUGGACCAAUAUCUGACGAAGAAUUCAGCAAGGGGUUCGUUGGAUAUAAUGGUUCACUAUUCUUGGAGAACUUGGCCCCUGAUUACAGACUCACCAAGGAAGGCCAGCAAACCUUUUUUUCUGUAUUUUCGAUAUUUUUUCCUGCGGCUACUGGGAUCUUAGCUGGAGCAAAUAUCUCGGGAGAUUUGGCAGAUCCACAAUACAGUAUACCUCUUGGAACGCUCUUGGCUAUUCUUGUGACCACGAUAUCAUACCUUGCCUUUGCCUUGAUAUCCGGGGCAUGUGUUUUGCGUGAAGCGACAGGCAACUUUACAGUUCCUGAGUACCUUGUUAAUGGGUCAAGAGAAGAUCGUUGGUCUUACAUUUCCUCGGGAUUUAACCUGUGCCAGACAAAUAAAUUUAAUGGUACUAUUUAUGUGGGUAACGCCACGGACGCAGAAUGUCAAUGGGGUUUGUUGAAUAGCUUUCAGGUCAUGGAGUUGGUCAGUAUAUCGGGAGGAUUAAUCUAUGCAGGUUGCUUUGCUGCUACCCUCAGUUCUGCCUUGGCAAGCUUGGUUUCUGCUCCGAAGGUCUUUCAGGCAUUAUGCAACGAUAAGCUUUAUCCGUACCUUGAAUUUUUUGGGAAAGGACAGGGAAAAUCGAAUGAGCCAAUAAGAGGAUACGUUCUUACAUUUGUCGUUGCCCUCGCAUUUAUCUUGAUCGCUCAGCUGAAUGUUAUAGCACCGUUGAUCUCAAACUUCUUCCUUGCUGCCUACGCAUUAGUCAAUUUUUCGACUUUCCACGCCUCCUUAAUCAAGCCCGUAGGGUGGAGACCUACUUUUAAGUAUUACAACUUGUGGCUAAGUUUAGUCGGAGGAUUAUUGUGCGUUGCAGUGAUGUUUUUAAUUUCGUGGCAGACCGCAAUAUUGACUAUUGGAGCUGUGGCGUUCCUUUAUUUGAUCGUCGUUUACCGUAAACCAGAGGUCAACUGGGGUUCUUCCACACAAGCACAAACAUAUAAGACGGCGUUAUCUUCAGUUCACCAAUUGAACAAUGUCCAAGAACAUGUGAAAAAUUACAGACCACAAAUUCUUGUUCUCUCUGGGCAUCCAAGUUUCAGACCAAGUCUGGUGGACUUUGGUUACUUGAUUACAAAGCAAAUUUCAUUGCUAGUGUGUGGUCAAAUAGUGAAGAGGCCGUUAAAUAAUCGACAAAGAAAAGCCCUAAUCGACAAGGCGCAAGAUUGGUUUACCUCGAAUAAAUUGAAAGGGUUCUUCAACUUGGUGGAUGACAUGAGCUUUCAAGAAGGUUCAAAAGCAUUGCUUCAAGCGUCAGGCGUCGGUAAAUUGCGCCCAAACGUGUUAUUAAUGGGCUUCAAAAAUAAUUGGAAUACUUGCAACUUUGAGGAAUUGAAUGAAUAUUUCGGAACUAUUCACAAGGCGAUGGACAUGCACUUGGCUGUGACCAUUCUACGAGUCGGUAAUGGGAUGGACUUUAGCAAGAGCGUCAUUUUCGGCGAAGACAUUCCAGCUUCAACCUUACAACCGGACAAUAAAAGCGAAUCCUUGGAUGAGUGUCUGCCUCGCAACCAGUCAUUGUCCCAAAUGUCACAUGCAAGCAGUGGCGAGCUUGGAAGUUGUGAAGCCACACGUACCCUAGCAAAAACAGAAAAUAAGGACGCAAAACUUUCUCCGAAAAAUGUCUACCGGAGUGUACAUGGGGGUGAAAUUCCUCGAGACAUCAUGGAAAGUAUAACCAGGUUUCAGAAAAAACGGAAAGACGGUGUCAUUGAUGUUUGGUGGUUAUACGAUGACGGUGGUCUUACUCUCCUUCUUCCAUACAUAAUCAACACAAGACCAAAUUUUGCAUCAUGCAAACUUCGAGUGUUUGCACUUGCGAAUAAAAAAGACGAGUUUGAUGCGGAACAAAGAAGCAUGGCAGGAUUACUCGCGAAAUUCCGCAUAGACUAUUCUGAUCUGAAAAUUGUGACCGACUAUGCAAAGAAACCUCACGAUACCACUCGAGCGUUAUUUGAGAGUAUUAUUGCCCCAUAUCGAAGAAAAGAAAAACUACCUGGUGAAGAUGAUGGUUGUAUCAUAACUGACACUGAUUUAAUCACGUCAAAAGAUAAAUGCAACAGAUACAUGCGAUUACGUGAUUUGUUGCAAGAAACGUCUCGGUGUUCCGAUUUGGUUGUAAUGACGCUACCGAUGCCAAGAAAAGGAGUAAUUCCAGCCCCACUUUUUAUGUCGUGGAUUGACAUAUUGACCCGUGAUAUGCCUCCAUUUCUUUUAGUUAGAGGAAAUCAGACAUCGGUCCUCACCUUCUACUCUUAAAUGUUCUUUUUACCCCAUUUUAGAUUUUAGUGGAAUGUAUUAUAUAAUUACUGUUGUGAGAAAAUGCUUAAUGUUUUACCUAUAUAUGCAUCUUUAGCUUACAAAUUGCAUCCUUGUUACUCUCCAAAUGUAUAAGCAAGACCUAAGAUCAAUUAUUAUUGUCAAUUUGUGCUUGUAUUUUCUUUGUGAUCUUUCUACAUAUUCCCGGUGAUGAAUUAUAUAUGUAACUUUUUAUUUGUUGAUUCUUAGUGGAACUAUUUACAAAUUAAAUUGUAAGCAUUGCCGUAUGGCCGUAGUGUAUUAUGAAACUGACCAUACAACCGUACGACUUUGAGUAACUGUGUGAGGUCUACAUAUUUUAGAGACUGAAACCGUACCUUACUUAUUUAGAAGCAUGUACUGACAGUACAGAGUUGUAUAUUAACUGAAAGGGAGUCUGUUCUACUAGUUCUGAAUAAUGAACACGGAUACUGGAAUUUUUCUGAAUCUCAAAAUAUUGUUUUUUAACAAAAAAGUUUACGUACUAAUAAAAUAUUAACACAGAUA